GUUUGUACUGACAACAAGAACCCAACCCCAGGGCGAUUCUGACCCAAUGCUAAUGCGGUAACGGCGACUGCUAUUCCCAAACCAGCAGACCACCAACCUCUCAUUCAUCCCAGCCACUCACAGGUUUCUAACGAACUCCAUGUCUCAGGAACGGGCUCACAAGUGACACUUUGACGUUCGUGACGUAUUACAAAACGAAGGGAAGGACAUAAACAAGAGAGGGAGCAAAUGGACUUGACAAAACCAGACAAGCCCCCGCCUCAGCACCACGCCUCAUCCGUUUUCGCGUCAUUACAUCGAAAACCCCGACACGAUGCGGAUUUAGCAUCCAAGGCUGCCGAAACGCGUGAAGAAGCCAUAAAAUCCGCAAAGCGGUACCUCCUUGAAACCAUCCGUGAUGACUGGUCCUACGAAGACCAAUCCGCUACUUCUCCUCCCGAAUCGGAGAGCCAGCACUUGCAAUCACAACCGCAAUCACCUCUGAUCUGCCCCACUUUGGAUGGAGCUGUACAAUUACAUGCUCGCGAGGUGCGAGAAUGGCGGGAACGGGAACAGGAUAGCUCAUGUUCGGAGACUGGAGGAGUCGGAGUAACUUUUAAGGAAAUAGAUCCAGGACUGGUACACCCGCUCUCCGCUACCUAUAAGGUUAGUGACCCGUACAGGUUUGAGUCACCAGAUGCGGUGGAAGACAGCAUUUUGGAGAGAAAGAGGAAACGGCGGAGGGUUGUGGAGGAGGAAAUGGCGUGGAAUGAAGGGUUGAGGAUAUGGAUGGAAAGACGGAAUGCUUGGACAGGAGCUAGGUUGCCCACGACCGCAGCGGAUAGCCAGAGGAAUGGAACUGUUGUAGGCACUACUGGAAGCAAUGAGACAAGUGGUUCUGGGAGCCGUCACUAUGGAGAAAAUGAGGAUGCGGAGAUGGUUUCCCCGGAUUCUACUGGGCAAGGGGAUGGCCCGUUGCGACCUCCAUCUGCCUCAUCUGCUAGUGCUCCGCAGGGAGCAGAUGCUCAGAUCCUUUCGCGUAGUGACUUAAUCGGCGACAUGGAUAUCAGAGAAGCCGUCUCAACCAUCAACGCUGACGACAACCCCAACCCCAACUCUAGCCAACCUCGUGUCCAACAUUCUGGGGAGCCACUAAUCCCUGUCGUGGAACCCCUCCUCCCAAUCACCAACGUCGUCCGGGCUUCUAUAAAGCCCUCUAUAUACCCUUCUAUAUAUAGCAAAGUCGUCAUCCAAUCUUUGACACCGGCUAUACCCAUAAAUCUGUCAGAUGUUACCAAGGCCCUAGUCCAAGGCUGGAAGGCGGAUGGCGAAUGGCCACCAAAGCCAACCAUCACCCAAGAUGUACCUGUUGUGAAAAAACGAGCAGGAGGAAAUAAGCCCCCUACCACGGAAGAUGAGGGGAAAUCGAGGCGACUGAGUGGUUCUGGUGUUACGGGGGCUGUGAAGAAGGUUCUGGGCCUAUCUGGUAUCCAUACCGGCCGCCGCUUUCACAUUCGUGGCGGGAGUCAUGGCGAUGCCGUUACUGCUACAGGAGCGCUUUCACCGACUGCGUCGGGUGCUGCGCCGAAUGAACUUGGCGAAGCACGUUAGUUUCUGGUAAAUCUAGAUCGGGGGGCUUAUAUAGGGAGGAACGGCGGUUGGGGGCUGGUUCGGAAUCUUGUGGCCUUUUUAGCAUUGGCGCUGCGUUGAUUUUCGUUACAUAUAUUCGUCGAACGCAUGAGUGAGGGGUAAUGGUGAUGAUUAUGAUUAUGAUUAUGAUGAUGAUGAGAUCGUAGCUUUUUUGUACCAUUUCUGGCUUUGCAUAUUGCAUGGUACAAGGUGCGUUGGAUUGGGGCAACUGUUUUUUCGGGUAUUCUACGUCAUUACUAUUCCACCAUCUCCAUUUCAGGAUGUCUUG